CAGCAGCAAACUUAAAUAGCCGACUGAGCUGGAGAAUAUAUGACAUCAAAGAUGAUAAUGAUGUUAAGGUUUCUCUGUCUGUUUCUUCUUCUCUUAGUUCUAAUCAAGGUCUUUUACAAACUAUGGUGGACUCCGUUUCGCAUUCAGAAUUUGAUGAUUCUGCAGGGAAUCAAAGGUCCUCCUUACAGACUUCUCUAUGGAAACGCCAAAGAAAUCAUCAACAUGCAGAAGGAAGCCAUGAGCAGACCCAUAAGUCUAUCACAUGAUAUAUUUUCUAGAGUUCAACCUCACAUUCACUCAUGGACCAAGAGCUAUGGGAAGAAUUUUCUUCAGUGGUUUGGUCUUCAACCAGUUUUGGUUGUUACAGAACCUGACUUGUGCAAAGAGAUCCUCAAUAACAAAGACGGAGUUUAUCCAAAACCGACGCCUAGUGUCUUUGUGAAGAAGCUAUUUGGAGAUAGCCUUUCCAUGACAGAAGGAAAAAAAUGGGCCAAGUUGAGAAAGCUGUCCAACCUUGCCUUCCAUGGAGAGAGCUUAAAAGCUAUGUUUCCAGAAAUGAUAGCUAGUGCCGAGGCGAUGGUAGAAAGGUGGAAAAAUCAUGAAGGAAAAGAGAUUGAUGUGUUUGAAGAAUUUAGAUUGUUGACUUCAGAAGUGAUUUCCAGGACAGCUUUUGGCAGCAGCUACUUAGAAGGACAAAACAUUUUUGAAAUGUUGAUGAAGUUAAGCGUCAUAGUAUUCAGAAAUCUUUUCAAGAUCAGGUUUCCUGGUAUGAGUAAGGUUUUUAGAACCAGUGACGAGAUUGAAGCAGACAAGCUUGAGAAAGGAAUACGUGCCUCCAUAAUGGAGAUUGUUAAGAAAAGAGAAGAAAAGGUAACCAGCAGGGAAGAAGAGAGCUUUGGAAGUGAUUUUCUUGGCUUACUUUUGAAGGCUCAUCAUGACACCAAUGACAACCAGAGGAUUUCUAUAGACGAUUUGGUUGAAGAGUGCAAGUCGUUAUACUUUGUUGGACAAGAGACAACUAAUACUUUGCUUUCUUGGACUGUUUUUCUUCUGGCACAACAUCCAGCUUGGCAAGAGGAAGCGAGAAAGGAGGUGCUGCAGUUAUUUGGAAAGCAAACUCCCAAUUCUGAUGGCAUUUCCAAACUCAAAACAAUGAGCAUGAUCAUUAAUGAGACUCUAAGGUUAUAUCCUCCUGCUAAUUUUCUUGGAAGAGAAGUUGCAAGGGGAGUCAGACUGGGAAAAAUCCUGGUUCCUGCAAAUAUUGAAUUGGUUAUCCCAACUCUAGCACUUCACCAUGAUCCUCAAUUAUGGGGACAAGACGUGGCACUUUUCAAACCAGAGCGAUUCUCUGAAGGUGUUGCUAAAGCUACUAAUGAUAACAUGGCUUCAUUCUUACCCUUUGGAAUGGGACCUAGAACGUGUGUGGGAUUCAACUUUGCCUCCAAUGAAGCAAAGAUUGCUCUGUCAAUGAUUCUACAAUGCUACUCAUUUACCCUCUCCCCGGGUUAUGUCCACUCACCUUUUCAGUUUCUUACGCUUCGUCCACAAUAUGGAGUUCAAGUAAUACUGCACUCUCUGUGAGCUGUGAAUAGAUUCCCUAGAAUAUCUUGCAGUUGGCAUGGUGGAUAUUCUUAGCUUAUUUAUCAAAAAUGCUUCUCAUGCAUCAACUGAUUGUCAUGAAUCAAAACAGUGCUUAAACACCAGUCCCAAAUCUAAAUUAAUAAAAAUCACAUUUCUCAGUUAAUAUAUGCAA